AUGGGCAUCCUUGCUGUUAGCGUCAUGCUAGAGGCUCUCAAUAGAGAUGCCCAACAUGCUACUAUCGCCAAGUUCAUUCAAAAUGAACUUGACGCUGAACGCGAGAAAUUUGAACUGUUGCGACAGCAGCAGGCUGCUGCUGCUGGUGGGUCGAUGCACUCGCGUCGACCCGAGACUUUGAAGAUUGACAUCUCCAAGCAUAUAGGAGUCGAAGAGGACUCCCUCUUGAGGUGGUUCGUCGAAUUAGAUGACGCCAUAAGGGCGCGUCGCAUCGACGACGGAGAUAUGCAAGUUGCAUUUGCCCAAUCAAAUCUGGCAGGACGUGCCAAGACAUGGGCACUGGGGCUCAAGUUGCACGACCCAUAUGCGUUUGGGUCGUUGGAAGUCUUCAAGUCGCGGCUCAGACAAACGUUUGAACCGCCUAGAGCUGAGUUCAGAGCUCGAACCGAACUCUUGAAGCUCAGACAAGGUAAGCGUGAUGUGCACGCUUACGCUCAACAUAUACGACAUCUCACGAGUUGUAUAAGUUCCAAUCCGGUGGAUGAACACACGUUGGUUUCGGUGUUCAUGCAGGGUCUUGCGGAUGGUCCCGUCAAGACUCACCUGUUCCGGCUUGAACUAGAUUCACUAGAACAAGCCAUUUCCAUUGCGGAGCAGGAAGACUUCAGUCUGAGACAGGCUCGCGCCAGCUCGACAUCAUAUCGUCAACCGAGACGAUAUGACAACGGAGGUCCAGAGCCGAUGAAACUCUGUUAUGUAGAGAGCGAGAAGGCUCGCUCUACAGACUACAAGAAGUUGCAGAAAUGCAACAGAUGUCAAAAGACAGGACACUACGCUUACGAGUGUAGUGCUCCUCGUCCAGUGUCUCGCAACACUUAG